AUGUCAAGCAACAGCAUCAUCUUUAUCAGGAACAAACAGCACACCUGGGAGGAUAUGAAAGCCGCUUACGAGCGGGUCUACGAUUCCUUCCGCGUUUCUUCGACUGCCCGAGACCUGCGACUCAUGCUCGAUCCUCUGGCUAAUAGAAUUGACCGCAUUGUCAUCGUCGGACUUGGCUCGCCAAGCGAUGCGAUGCACAAUCCACGGAUUUUCCAGCAGCUGGCCAUGGUGGAUUACGCCAGACGUUACUUGAACUGGAAAAACGACGACUUUAUCGAGAUGUACAAUUCGGAUUUCGGAUGCGACGAAAUCGACAAGGACUUUUUAUUUCAAGAGCUCGCCGUCUACGACGUUGAUUAUAAGCCGGCCGACGAGAUCGAAGCGGACAAGCCGGACUUCUUCACCGUGGCUGUAGAGGGCAAGCGGUACACCCUGAAUUCGUUCGUGGAUAAGAGUGGUGUAAAUGCGAUCUCAAGGUUUGUGACCAGCUCUUCCAUCCUGUUUAUGCCUUUUCUGCCCAUCGACACGGCGCUCAAGCUGUUGCGCACAGAGGAUGUCCAUCCCCUCAUCGUCAUUACGCAUGGACUUGAUGCAAUGUGGGACACUUUGAUUGUCAAAAUGGAGUACACGGAGGGAGAGAACGCGGCCGCAUUUAAGCAGCAUUGGGAAGGUAAUUAUGCAGCGUGGCAGCACUUGCGAGACGAUUUUGCGAGGAGCCCCAUUUUGUUGGAAGCAGACUGGUAUUGGGUCUACGUGGAGAACGUGAGGGCUGGAGAUGUCAUUGGAGAUGGGUGGGUAAGUGGAGAGUAUGGAUUGGUGCUGGAUAGGGAGGCUGCGAUAGAUUUAUUCCUGAGCAAUAAUACAGAUGACGAAGAGUAG